CAGCGCGCAGCCAAUCAACCUGGUCUGAAGAUCGAAAAUAGGAGGGCUUACAGUAAUCAGCCCUCGGAGUCUCAUGACAAGGAACAGUGUGGCAGCGUUGUGGGAGCGCUCGGCACACACAGCAGGACGCUCACUGGCGCUGCACUCUCAGCUCAUAACCAACCAGAUAGCGUGAAGAGAGACAGAAGGGGGGGACGGGGACGGUAUAGGAGCAUCCAGUGACGGAUGCGUUUUUUAGCUGAUUUUGGACGCUCUGGAGUGUAAGAACACCGGAAGACAGAGAGAGGCCGUGCGGGGAAAUUAAGCCGGGUGCUUUUUUUUUUUUGGAGGGAUUUGACCAGAGUGCCCUUGUAUCGUCGUCUCCUCCGGAUGAUCAGAAAUGGGGGAAUGGACUAUACUAGAGAGGCUCCUGGAGGCUGCUGUCCAGCAGCACUCUACUAUGAUAGGAAGGAUCCUACUAACAGUGGUGGUCAUCUUCCGGAUUCUAAUCGUAGCGAUAGUUGGAGAGACUGUCUAUGAUGACGAGCAGACCAUGUUUGUUUGUAACACCUUACAGCCGGGCUGCAACCAGGCAUGCUACGACAAGGCAUUCCCCAUUUCACACAUUAGAUAUUGGGUUUUUCAGAUCAUCAUGGUGUGCACGCCUAGCCUCUGCUUUAUCACGUACUCUGUGCACCAGUCGGCCAAGCAGAAGGAGCGGCGGUACUCCACGAUCUACCUGACGCUGGAUAAGGAUCAAGAUUCUCUGAAGCGAGACGAAAGCAAAAAGAUAAAGAACACCAUUGUGAACGGAGUACUCCAGAACACUGAGAACUCCACCAAAGAAGCCGAGCCGGACUGCUUGGAGGUGAAGGAGAUCCCAAAUUCGGCCAUGAGGACUGCCAAGUCCAAAAUGAGGCGUCAGGAGGGCAUCUCCAGGUUUUACAUCAUCCAGGUGGUGUUCAGAAACGCGCUGGAGAUAGGCUUCCUGGUGGGCCAGUACUUCUUGUACGGGUUCAACGUCCCGUCCGUGUACGAAUGUGACCGCUACCCCUGCAUCAAAGACGUCGAGUGCUACGUGUCCAGACCCACGGAGAAGACCGUGUUUCUGGUCUUCAUGUUCGCGGUCAGCGGGUUCUGCGUGGUGCUGAAUCUGGCCGAACUCAAUCACCUGGGCUGGAGGAAAAUCAAGACGGCGGUGCGGGGCGUGCAAGCCCGGCGGAAGUCCAUUUAUGAGAUCAGAAACAAGGACCUGCCGAGGAUGAGCGUGCCCAACUUUGGCCGCACGCAGUCCAGUGACUCUGCAUACGUGUAAAAAAAAUAAAUAAAUAAAAUCAACCCAUGAUGGACAUGAAGGACAGCUCCGCACGCCUAAAACUUGUGUCAUGACUUUAAAGAGUGGGCAGAUUUAUUUAUUUACUUUAUUUAUUUUCUGUUUGAUUUGGUGAUAUUUUAAGGACUUCAAGACGAACGUGGAUCACACGUUGGUUUACUUUUACUUAUUUUAUUAAUGCACUGAUGCAACUUUUUAAGUAACGUUUCUACUUAAAACGUGGAGACCAUGUUGAAGUGUUCGCAGAUUUACUCUUUCUUGGGCUGAACUUGAAAAGAGCAAAUGCAAAAGAAGAAGAAGAAGAAGAAAAACUUGCACUAAAAGAGGUGAACACAUGAGAGCUUGAUCGUAUCCAAAUGUGCUGACAUUUUUUUCCACCCAUAUUUCUCUUAUAUGGCACCAUUAAACAGGGAAAAUAUAGCAUAUUCCUACCAGAUUUAUAUAUACCCAUUAUACAUACACACACACACACACACACCUACACCCCCCCAUACACACACCUUCACACCCACACACACACACACACACACACACACACACAUAUAUAUAUAUAUAUAUAUAUAUAUAUAUAUAUAUAUAUAUAUAUAUAUAUAUAUAUAUAUAUAGCUAAAAUACAUCAAUUUGGUCCACUCUUCUUGUUUGUUUUUGUUGCCUGUGUUGCACCACUGACCUUAACAUAUGUAACCAUUCCAUUGCUUUAUAGCUAUAACUUGCAAAGUAGUAUCUGGUGAAUUUGCUGCAAAACGCUAACGUCUGUGAAUUCCUUAAUUUAAGACACACCAAAGCGCCCACUGCUUUUAUUUGUGAGUGUUUAUUUUCUUGCUUUUCGUGUAAUCAAGUGCCAUACUUGUACAUAGACAUUAUAUAAAUUAUAAAUACAUGUAUACAUAUGGAUAUAUAUAUAUAUAGAAUAUAUAUGUAUAUAUAAAUAUAUAUAAAUAUAUAAAUAUCUGAUUAUAAUAGUAAUCAUGAAAGCUGAUUCCUUGCUUGGAUUAUGCUCAAUACUGGCCAAUUUACUUUUGUUUGCUCCAAAUGUAUUUCUUGUGGUUUGACUGAAGAAAUUAAGAUAUUCAGAUUUUUUUCCCCUGUCUUUUAUUUUUGGAAAUGUCUCGGAAAAGAAAUGAAGUGCUAGUUCUUUUUUUUUUUUUUUUUUUUAUAAUAAUAACAAUAAUAACAAGACUCCCUCCAAUCACAGCUGGUCAAAUCUGAAAAGAAAAGCACAAAGUUGAAUUUUUGUCAAUGAAUGGGCAAUUACAAUCUGCUCUGGUGCUACAGUUUUUCAUAGAAUGGUUUUAAAUGUAACCUUCUGAACCAGAAUGAAGAAGAAAAAAAACAAAACACUAACAUUUUUUUUUCUGUGGAAAAUAAAAAUGGGAUUCGUGUACACCAGAAACGUGUGCAGUGCGGUACUUUGUGUUCCCUGCUGUGGCUUCUUUUCAUCACAGAGGUAUCCG